UCGUAGCCUAUAAAAGGCUUUCCUCGAGGGCUUCCUAAUGGAAAAGUGAAAAUCGUCAGCAUGUCUCAGCAUCAGAUGGUUACGGAAGACUUCUAUAAGUACCAGGUGUGGUAUUUCCAGAUCCUUGGUGUUUGGCAGCUCCCCACUUGUGCCGCAGACCACCAGCGACGUUUUCAGUCCAUGAGGUUUGGUUUCAUUCUGGUCAUCCUGUUCAUUAUGCUGCUGCUUUUUUCGUUCGAGCUAUUGAAUAACAUUUCCCACGUAAGGGAGAUCCUAAAGGUAUUCUUCAUGUUCGCCACCGAAAUAUCGUGCAUGGCCAAACUAUUGCAUUUGAAGUGGAAGAGCCGUGAGCUUGCUGGUCUGGUUGAUAUGAUGUUGUCCCCAGAGUUCGGCGUUAAAAGUGAACAGGAAAGGCAGUUGCUGGAAUCGGAUAGAGUGGCGGUUGUCCGUAUGAGGAACUUCUACGGCAUUUUGUCCUUGGGUGCGGCUGGCCUGAUCCUUGUAGUUCCCUGUUUUGAUAACUUUGGGGAGCUACCACUGGCCAUGUUGGAGGUGUGCAGCAUCGAGGGAUGGAUCUGCUAUUGGUUGCAAUACCUAUUCCACACCAUGUGCCUGCUGCCCACUUGUGUCCUGAAUAUAACCUACGACUCGGUGGCUUACUCGUUGCUUUGUUUCUUGAAGGUUCAGCUCCAAAUGCUGGUCCUGAGAUUAAAAAAGUUGGGUCCUGUGAUCGAACCCCAAGGUAACGAGAAGAUCGCCAUGAAACUGCGUCAGAGUGCCGCCUAUUACAACAGGAUUGUUCGGUUUAAGGACCUAGUGGAGCUGUUCAUAAAGGGACCAGGAUCUGUGCAGCUCAUGUGUUCCGUUCUGGUGCUGGUGUCCAACCUGUACGACAUGUCCACCAUGUCCAUUGCCAAUGGCGAUGCUAUCUUUAUGGUCAAGACCUGUAUCUAUCAGCUGGUGAUGCUCUGGCAGAUCUUCAUCAUUUGCUACGCCUCCAACGAGGUUACUGUCCAGAGUUCUAGGCUGUGUCACAGCAUCUACAGUUCCCAAUGGACGGGGUGGAGCAAGGCAAACCGUCGGAUUGUCCUGCUCAUGAUGCAACGUUUCAAUUCUCCGAUGCUCCUUCGCACCUUUAACCCCACCUUUACUUUCAGCUUGGAGGCCUUUGGUUCUGUAGGGCAGCAGAAAGUCCUUUAUAUAGCUCAAUAACUAGUUAUGUUCUUUUUCUUUCAGAUUGUUAACUGUUCUUACAGCUACUUCGCACUGCUGAAACGCGUCAACAGUUAGAUUUCAAAAAACCGAAGCGCUUAAAAUUUUUCCACUGGCUUUAGUAGAUUUUCAAAACCCCUUAAAACUUUAUGCACAUUAAAUUCAAAUUAUUGUGGAGACAUGAGCAGUUGCUUAAUAAAUUUAAUUGUUAAAUAAAAUAAAGAAAA